AUGUCUGUCACCACACAGUGGUGUGAUAGGCUAACUGAUGAAAGAAUUCAACUUGCACAAAAAGCAAUGAGCAAUGCCGACAGUGGGUUGGAACGACUAGAGGGUUUUAUUUUGAAAAUUGAGGAUUUUCAUAGGUUGAUGAAUUUCCUAGAGGCCAUUCAUAGAACCACAUACAACACAGAACCAUCCAGAGACAGAGGAACAAUUUAUUAUUACAGAAACUUCCUGAAUGCAAGGAAUGUUAAAGGAGAGGUGAAAAAUUCAUAUAGAGCUUAUAAACAUCUUUAUUAUACAGUGUUUGAUGCUAUGUGCUGUGUUUUAUUUUUGAAUAAUUUUGGACUCGAUAAUGCUGAAUCUGAGAUACCUUUGCCUAAGGAUUUUGAUGGGUGGACUAAUGAGUGUAAAAUAAACUGGAUUAAUUCUGUAUGCAGAAAUCUAGUGAACAAAGCCUUUUUUGAAGAUGAUAUGUUUAUGGAGUUGAGAGAAAUCCUAACAAAUCCAGACCAUGAGGAAAAUUACUGGAUUAGCUCGCUUGAAAAUGAUAGAUUCAAAUGUCAUUUCUGUAACAGCUCGUACUCAUAUGUAGAUUCUUUAAAAGCUCAUGAAAAAAAUGAACAUGCAUUUCAACCGUCUAAGCAAAAUUCUGACAAAACGUUGAAAAAAGAAGCAUCUGAUGAAUUACAUGACUAUGUGCUUUCUCUGUUCAGACUGACUGCUUUGCAUAAAAAUCUAGAUUCAGCAGUUGAUAUGGGAGAUGGUUAUAGGGUUGUAAGAAGUGCAAAAUAUGAAACCCCCAUUUAUAAUAAAACCCAUAAAAUCAAAUAUUUCAUUGGUAGUGUUCAUUUAACUGCAAUGGUGUCUGGAACUCUGCCUGUUCAUCAGACUAAACGUCUCAUUGCCAACAGGUUUAUUAACAUAUCUGGGGGUAAAAACAGCAAUAUUUCUCUUGAUGAAUAUGUUGAAAUUCUAAAUAGGGACACCAAAAACACUUGCUCAGGAUUCCAAACAAAAGAAAGCAUUAUUAAGCAUUCAAAGGAAUUUCCGCAUUUAAUAAAUGCUGUAAAACAUGUAGAUGACAUUUGUAACAUUCGUGGCAGAAAAGGUUACCAUACACUGCCAUCAUACCGAGAUGAUGUAAAGAGAGUUGUUGCCGAUUUGCUGAGUGUUGAUGCUUUCACUGAUCAUCAGGAUCGUAAACUAGUUUGUAGAAAACUUGUCCAAGCAAACAAUCCUUUCAAAGAUUGUUACAAAGGUUUGUCAGAAAUGAUUGUAAGACACAGGCCAGUGUUGCCUUUCAGAAGGUUUAGGAACAAACAUUUGUAAACCAACUUAAAAGUAGAGCUGCUUUUCAGAAAAGUGCAUGUCUCCCACAACUGGCUAAUAAUUCAAUAGUAAGUCAGUCUUUAUAUACUGUGUACUCACUACAAAUAUACCUUUGAAGAGUAAAAAGGAUGCUUUUGGGUUAUUCAAGGGCCAUAAUUCACAAGUGCCUAAGGCAAUUUGGCUAGUUAUGAAACUUGGCUGAGGAGUUAUAGACAAACACAUUUUUUAAGUUUGGUGAAGGUCGGAUGAGAAAUGUUCGAUUUAGAGCGCAGACAAGAGUAAAAAAGGCCGAUUUUCAGUAAUUCAAGGGCCAUAAUUCCAAAGUGCCUAGGUCAGUUUGGCUAGUUAUCAAACUUGGCAGAGGACUUGUUGACAAACAGAUUUUGUUUAAGUUUGGUGAAGAUCUGUUCGUCCGUAACAUUUCAUGUCUGCUCUGUACCUCCUAAACCCUUUGAAGAAUUUUCAUGAAACUUAGAUCAAAUGAUCACCUCAUCAAGAUGUGCAGAACCCAUGAGUCAGCCAGACUGGAGGUCAGUCCCGUUUAAAUGACAUCUGCUUAAUUGGUUGUUCACAAUAAAUGAAUCAGUGAAACAUGUUAUUAAAGUAAAAUUGUACAAUGUGAAAAAAUCAGACAACUUUAUCUUUAUUGUAUUUAUUCACAUUGUACAAUUUUACGUUAAUAUGUUUCACUGAAUCAUUUAUUGAAUGAUGGAUUAAGCAAAUGUAUUUUUAAAGGGACUGACCUCCAGAUUUAGUAAGAUAUCUUUAUUUUUGGAAAUGUUUGAAAAUUUUGCAGUUGUAAAUAAACUAAAUUUGCAUUAGUCGAUAUUUUAGUAGUUUUGUUUUUCAUGUAUAAGGCUUUGUUCACUAGAUUUCUGCACACAAACUUUAAGAAUUUUUUCACUUCAGUUACAUGCUGUGUUAUUUAGUCCCCUAUUUGUUGAAACCCAUUUUCAGGGACUAUAAGAAUGCUGUUUUCCGUCAUUCCGGUCAUUCCUGCAAUUUUGUUAUUCAUGCAGGGAUAUCAAUAUUACUUGGCAAAAAUGUUUCCCAUGAUGAGAUGACGUGUCCUGUGCAAAAUCUGGACCUUGGAUCAAAGGUCAAGGUCACAAUUGCAUGUCAAAGGUCAACAGGGCUUUUUUCCUGUCCGGUCUAUAACUCUGCCACCCAUGAAGGUAUUUUAAUAUUACUAGGCACAAAUGUACCUGAUAAUAAGAUGAUGUCUCAUGUGCAAAUUUCAAACCCCUACCUCAAAGGUCAAGGUCAUACAUUGCAGUCAAAUGUUAACAUGGCAUAAACAGAGUCUGUUUCCUGUCUGGUCCAUAACUCUGUCACUCAUGAAGGGAUUUUAAUAUUACUUGGCACAAAUGUUCCCCAUAGAUUGAGAUGAUGUGUCAUGCUCCAAACCCACACCCUUUCUUUAAAGGUCAUGGUCACAAGUGGAGGUCAAAGGUCAAUAUGUUUUUGUCCUCUCUGGUCCAGAACUCUGUCAUCCCUUCAGGGAUUACAAUAUAUAUCUUGGUAUAAAUGUUUCCCAUGAAGAGGUGAUGUGUCAUGUGAAACACCAGCUUAACGGCCAUGGUCAUAAUUGGCGGUCAAAGGUCAACAGGGCUUUUUUCCUGUCCUGUUCAUAACUCUGCCAUCCAUGAAGGAAUUUUAACAUUGCUUGGGACAAAUGUUCCCAAUAAUGAGACAACAUGUCAUGCACAAAAUCCGGACUCCUAUUUAAGGUCAAGGUCACAGUUGGAGGUCAAAGGUCAAUAGCAUUUAUUUCCUGUCGGGUUCAGAAUUUUGUCAUCCAUCUAGGGAUAACAAUAUUACUUGGCAUAAAUGUUCCCCUGCAUGAGAUAAUGUGUCAUGCCCAACACCUUGGCCAUUAGCUGAAAGGUCAAGGUCACAUUUAGAGGUCAAAAUUACUGAAGGAAUGCACUAAUUAGGUCCCACAACUCUACUUUUCAUUUCUUUUUCAAAUUUAUGCCAUUUUUUCCAAGUAGCAGUCUUUGGUGAAGUUUUUUAGCUCACCAUAGCCAAAGGCUCACGGUGAGCUAUUCUGAUCACUCACCGUCCGGCAUCUGUUGUCCGUAAACUUUUACUUUAAACGACAUCUCCUCAUAAACCGCUAGGCCAAUUUCAUCUAAACUUCACAGGAAUGUUCCUUGGCUGAAGCUCUACUAAAAUUGUUCAAAGAAUUGAAUUUCAUGCAGAACUCUGGUUGCUAUGGCAACCGAAAGGAAAAUCAUUAAAAAUCUUCUUCUGAAUAACCAGAAGCCGUAGAGCUUAGAUAUUUGGUAUGAAGCAUUGCCUAGUGGACUUCUACCAAAUUUUUUCAAAUCAUGACCCCGGGGUCAAAAUUUACCCCGCCCCAGGGGCCAUUUGAUUUUACAUAGGAAAUUCUUAAAACAUCUUCUCAAAAACCAAAAGCCCUAGAGGUUAGAUAUUUGACAUUUGACAUUGCCUAAUGGACCUCUACUAAAUUUGUUCAAAUCAUGAUCCCGGGGUCAAAAUUGACCCCGCCCAAGGGGUCACUUGAUUUUACAUAGCAAAAUCUUCAAAAAAAUUCUAAAAAUAAACCAGAAUGCCUAGAGCUUAGAUAUUUCACAUGUAGCAUUGCCUAAUAGACCUCUACAAAAUUUGUUCAAAUCGUGACCCAAGGGGUCAAAUUGACCCGCCCCAUAGGGUUACUUGAUGGUACAUAGAAAAAUCUUCAAAGUUUUCUAAAAAUAAACCAGAAGGCUUAGAUCUUAGAUAUUUGACAUGUAGCAUUGCCUGGUGGACCUCUACAAAAUUUGUUCAAAUUAUGACCCCCGGGGUCAAAAUUUACCCCGCCCCAGGGGUCACUUGAUUUUACAUAGGAAAAUCUUCAAAAAAUUUCUAAAAAUAAACCAGAAGGCCUAGAGCUUAGAUAUUUGACAUGUAGCUUUGCCUAGUGGACCUCUACAAAAUUUGUCCAAUCUUGACUCCCCAGGGUCAAAUUUACCCAGCCCCAGGGAUUACCUGAUUGUACAUAGGGAAAUCUUCAUAAAUUUGCCUAGUAGACUUCUAGAAACUUUGUUCAAAUCAUGACCUCCGGGGUAAAAUUGGUCCCGCCCCAGGGGUUACUUGAUUGUUCAUCGGAAAAUCUUCCAGAAACGUUAUAAAAAUCAUCAGUUUGACAUUUGAAACAUUUAGCUCGUAUUACUCGGGUGAGCGAUCCAGGGUCAUCAUGACCCUCUUGUUUUGUAUGUAAGAUGGUAUCUAAGUAUCCACUAAUGGAAAGGGAUUUAAACUUCACACAACUUCACUUCAAUGUCAGGAUCUGACAUGCACUGUGCAUGUCCUAUAACUCUACUUUGCAUUUUUUCAAAAUGUAUGCCCCUUUUUUCACUUAACAAUUUGCAGUUAAAUUAUUAUGCUGUAUGUAAGGUGGUAUCUCAGUAUCCACUAAUGGGAAUUUGAUUAAAAUUUCACACAUUUGUCCACUGUCAUGAGCUGAUAAGGUCUGUGCAGUUUCUAUAACAUUUUUUCAAAUUUUUACAUAAUUAUGCCCCUUUUGUAUUCAUUCAAUUGACAGGACUGUUAAAGAGUCAAUUAUUGCUGUCCUCUGACAGCUCUUGUUUAUAAUUGGCCCAAAAAAUUCCAUAUGAGUAUUUGCUAUGAUGGGCAUAUAUUGUGACAUU